UCUCCAAACUUAAAAUGGAAAAAAGGCUCUAGAAGAGCAGCUGGAGCUUCUUUUUUCCAUUUUAAAAGGAACACUAGACAAAGAAUUACCAAAUACUAGGGUGGAAUUUCUCCCACCGUAAUUUCACUCUCAGUCAUCCGUAAUCCGUUGGGGUUUUCUCUAGCACGUAGGUUGGGCGAUGGCGGAUGACGACGACGAGAAGGCUCUAGAAGAGCAGCUGGAGCUUCAAUUACAGGAGCAGAGAGGUUCUCUCAAUACCCUCAACGACGCUCUCGCCCUUGAUCCUUCUAACGCCGAACUCCUCGCCGUCCAAGCAGAGCUUGUACAGGCAAUUGCAGAUGUUGAGGAAGGCCUUCUCCACCUGAAACGAGCAAGGUUAUUGCGAGAGGCUGAUUUUGUUCUACAAGGUCCAAAAGGCCAUGUCGAGGAUGUCAAAGUGGAAUCUCUUGAUCCAAAUGAUGUUGAAGUAGAACCAGUGGUAGAUCAAAGUUAUUCAGUUGGAUCUAAGUGCAGAUUCCGGCAUACUGAUGGAAGGUGGUAUAAUGGCCUCAUUCUGGGGUUGGAAGGUUCCAAUUCUGCGAAGAUUUCUUUCCUUACCCCAACAUCUGAAAGUAUGUUGAUGUGCAAGUUCUUUCUACAGCAACGGUGUCGAUUUGGUAGUAGUUGCCGCUUAUCACAUGGUGUUGAUGUGCCAAUCUCUUCCCUAAAGCAAUAUAUUCCGACAGUAUGGGAACAAUCACUAGCAGGGUCAAGUAUAUGGGCACUGCAAGAUGCCAGGUUUGGCAUCUGGAGAGAAGCUGAACUAGAAUCGUGGGAUGAGAAGCUCAAUCUGGGGCAUGUUGUCUUUCGAGAUGAUGGAAACUCUGCAAAGCUUGGUGUGGGAGCUCUUUCUUUAUCAGAAUUUGCUGAAGUGAGCGAUGAAGAAGAUAGUGAUUUAGGCUCAGAAGAAACUGAUUCUAGUGACUCUGGGGAAGAUAACUCCCGUGGUUUGGGAUUUCUGGAAACAACGACCUCACAAAAAGGCAUUCAGACUGAAACUGCCAUAUUUGCUAAGUGGGAGAAUCACACUAGGGGUAUAGCCUCCAAAAUGAUGGCAAGCAUGGGGUAUCGGGAUGGAAUGGGUUUAGGUGCAUCUGGACAAGGAAUUGUAGACCCUAUUCCUGUUAAAGUGCUUCCACCAAAGCAGUCUCUUGAUCAUGCCGUUGAAAAUCAGGAAAAUAAGAAGGAUAAAGAGAAUCAAGGAAAGAAGCGAAGUAGGGGUGGAAAGAGGAAACGUGAGAAAAAAUUUGCAGCAGCUUGUAGGGCUGCUAAAGAACAAGAGGAAUCUGAACCAGAUGUCUUUAGCCUCAUAAAUACCCAACUUGCAAAGCACGGUGAAACUCUGAAUGGUGGAUCAACAAAGAAGCAGCAGAACAUGGCAAAUGGUGCAGGAAGGAACGAAGAUAGGAGUCUUCUUGUUGCAUAUGAAGAUGAGGUAAAGGAGUUAAGGAUGAGAGUUGAGAAACUAGAAGAAAUGGUGAUUCGAAACAAGAAAGAGAAGGUAGUUUAUGAGGCUGCUAUGAGGAAGCUAACAGAGACCCGUAAACUUCUAGCCGAAGCUGAAGCAGCGCAUGCAUCUGCUUCAAGUGCAGUCAUCAGCAAAGAAAAAGAGAAAAGGUGGCUCAAGUUUUAAGGUAAAUUUGAUAUCAUACAGCAUGUUGUAUGUAUGUUUUGUCGAUAAUAGAUCUAGCUAUGAAAUCUAGAACUAUCAUUACUCAAGGUUACAAGAAUUAAUGAUGGUUUUCUGUUAUUUUAUGUUGUCUAUCUAAACAAGUAGAACUUGCAUUAUGACACAGCUUCAGUCGCAGUUAUGAUGGUUCUUUUACCGUGUCUGAAGGUUUACUAGUUUGGUGCAAAUUAAUAGUCUUUUGUGGUUCUUUUACUGUCGUUGAGGGUUAACUAUUUUGGUGUAGAUUAUACAGUAGUAUUUUCUUAAUGCCAAUUGUCCAGUUUCAGAUU